AUCAGCUUCGUCUGUCGGGGCCAUGUCCAUGUCGGGUAUCUGCUCCACGGCUUUAUCGUUUCAGUCCUGCGCUCUCAAUGACCAACUCUUGGCAAAGUGGUGCCGUGAGUACAGCGUGCUCGGCGCAGUGGGAACCGCCGGCGUUCCCAAGCCCGCCUCCGUUAUCCUAGACGUGCAUUCGGUGUCAGUCGCUCUCCACAAAGGGCCUGUGCUGUGACACAGCGCCCUCAUACCAGAUGUAAUGUCCGUCUUCCACGGAUUCCUAGCAGGGUUCUUCAGAACAACUACCUAUUGAUACGAGAAAGGUUGGGGGCGGGGUCGGUGCUGUGGGGAAUGUUUUAUCUCACGUCCCACCAUGCACAUAAAGGCAGGUGAGCGCGCGAAGCACGAAUCACCCUUAUUCCUCCCUUCGCCUGCAUUCUCAUGGCGAAGACACUAUUUUUCGCGUCGCUGGGCGCAGCCCUCGCCCUCCCUUUCGUUCGCUUCGUUGCCGCCGCGAAGACCAACUCGACCAUCGAAUGGUCCUCGUGCUCUGACUGGAACAAGGCUUUCGGGAACUACAGCGACUCCUUCCAGUGCGGGUACUUCGACGUGCCGCUUGACUGGGCAGACGAAAGCGUCGGCACGGCGCACAUAGCUGUCGUCAAGUAUCCCGCCGCGGACAAGGAGAAGAAGGGCACCGUGUUCUUCAAUCCAGGCGGACCGGGUGCCUCUGGCGUCGAGUUCCUCAUCACCCACGCGGAGGAAGCCCUCAUACCUUUUGUUGGCACUGGCUACGACCUUGUGGGCUGGGAUCCCCGUGGCACGACUUAUUCCACGCCCGGCGUCAUUUCGUGCUUCAAGACCAAGGAGGAGUACGCGGCGGUGUACAACGGCAGCCUGAUCACGGACUUCAGUGUUGACCCGACGAACGCGCUUUUGCACCCAAAGGAUGUGAAGGCGUUUUACGACCGCAUGGACGAGACAGACAAGAGGUUUAAGCAGUACGGUGACUUGUGCACGGAGAACGCCGGCGACGUGCUCAAGUAUGUCGGCACUGUGGCGACCGUGCGCGACAUGGUCGCCAUCGCGGACUACUUGGAGCCAGACAGCAAGGAGAUCAACUACUACGGUGCCUCCUACGGCACGAUUAUUGGGGCCACCUUCGUGAACAUGUUCCCUGAUCGUGUCGGUCGUGUUGUCAUUGACGGCGUCGUAGACCCUCAAUUGUACGCCGGCGCGCCCGGGUACGAGACCAUGACCGCCUCCGUCGAGUCUCGCGAUGCCGCUCUCGCGGGCUUCGCCAAGGAGUGCGCGAAGGCUGGCAAGCGCUGCGCCCUGCGUCUCAAGGAGACCGACACGGGUGACGACAUCCUCGAUCGCGUCUACCGAUUGGUGAAGAACCUGUACAAGCUUUACGAGGCCGGCCAAACGCCCGAGGGUAUUCUCACCCCCAGUGCCGUCACCCGCUUCAUUCAAGAGGCCCUGUAUAAGCCGAAAACCUGGGGGGAUCUGGCCGCCCAGCUGAAGGCCAUCUACGACAUCGCGCAGGGCAACGACACGAGCACAUCACGGCGCUUCGUAAAGCGCGACGACAAUGACGACGACCAGCAGCCCGCGGACAUUAGCGACAGUCUCAUGGCCAUCAGCUGCGGGGACUCGGUCGACGCGGGCAAUGCGACCAUCCAGAACACGUUCGACGAGAUCUUGUUUGUGACACGUAAUGUUUCACCCCUCUUCGGACCGUCAUUCUCUUCGCAAGGGACCUCCUGCUACGCUUGGCCAGUGCGCGCUGUCGAGCGAUACGCUGGCCCGUGGAACAACAAGCUAAGCAACCCGAUCCUGGUCAUCGGCAACCAGGCAGACCCGGUGACGCCUUUCAAGAAUGCGAAGCAGAUCGCGGACCAACUGGGCGAUAGUGCUGUCCUCAUCGAGCAGAGUGGCUACGGGCAUGCGUCUAUCGCCGAGUUCUCCAAGUGCACGACUGAGAUUCUGAAGGACUACUACGGCUCGGGCAAGACUCCAAGCAACGACUCGACGUACUGCUUCGUCGAAGAGGAUAACAAGGUCCUCUUCCCCGCCAACAGCACCGGGAACGAUACCUCGUCCAGCGAAGGCUCCCCCGUCUCCGACACCAGCAUCGACGCCGACGCCGAAGGCGUGGACCUCGAUGACACGGUUCUCAGCGCUGUCAGCGACGCUGGCUCGGAAGACGGCGAGAGCAUUGACGAAUUGAAGAAGGCGAAGCAGACGUUCAGAAUCAUGACCAUCGUAUUCGGCUCCUUGUCUGCGGUCCUCGGGAGUGCGCUCUGCUGGUCGAUCAUCCGCAACUACCGCGAGCAGCGCAAGUAUUCGCGUGUCCAGGCAACGGACGCUUUGGAGCCUGCUUGGGCGGCUCAUCAGCCAACCUUUGCGAACCCGUACGACUCGGCCGUCAACCAGCCCCAGGGGAAGGCCGCGCGCGAGCUAUAAAUCGCUUUGCUCACAUGGUUUAUAAGAUCCUGCUCGCCUUGGUAGUGACCAUUCUGGUCUUCCCCGUCCUGUUCCUGUCUAUCCUAUUGCUAUCGCUUUGCGCUAUUUAUGCACUGGACUAGAUACGCCAGACUUGCCUGUCCGUGUGGACUCACAUCUAUCUAUUCCAUACGACCUGGGUAUCACUUACUUGCUUGUAUCUCUAGCACUCACGUUCUUUACAAUUAUUACCGUGCAGUCAAUUGAUGGACUCCUUGGCCUGAC